GUUGAAUUGGACGGUAUUCCAGAGUUCCGUGUGCUCGCGAGUUGUCUGAGCGUUGUGACUCAGAAGGUCCAGCACACACAGCAGUAUCGCGGCUUGGUCAAGGCCGCGAAGGGUCUGGGUAUCAAGUACGCGAAGUCGCAUACUAAGAAGAAGCUCGCGGUGCUGGUGCAGCGCGGUAUGCAGUAG